UGGACAUCAAUAUUUAUUUUCGUUUUACUAUUCUGUGGUUAUAUAAUUAAUAAUAAUAAUAAUAAUAGUGAGUGAUUACCGGUUGAUAAUUUCGAGUUUGAUACUUAAAAUUUUCAGUAUUAAUAAUAAUAAUAUAUAUUAAAUUAUAAUAAUAAUUUUAUAUAAAAUUAUAAUAAUGGUGUUUUGGCGGUUAAAUUGUUAACGUUUUAUACUUCUCACACGGUUUUGUUUAGUUCAAAACUCAUUCUACGAACCGUCCCAAUGCUUAUUAGUUUUAAUUAUCUACAGAAUCUCCAUAUAGAUAUUAGAUAGUCGUGACUUUACUCGUAACAUUAUAGUAUUCCGUACUCGUAGUGUUUGUCUCAGACAACAUGUCUAAAGAUAUAAGAUCGUAUUUAGUAAAAACUGGCACGGGCAACAAAAAGGGAGACUUAAAUAAAACAAUUUCACCAAGUCAGAAACCAAAAUCAUCGAAAAAAAAGCAUGUACUAUCGAGUGAUGAUGAUGAUGAUGUAGUACCUCCUACACCAAUAGAUAAAACAAAACAAAAGUUACCUGAAAAACGAAAACUCAUUAACCCAGCAGAUGUUUUUGGUUCAGAACCAGUAAAACAAAGCACUAUCAAUGUGGUUAAACAAAAAAAAAAAAAUCAAGUCGAUCUGCUUGAACAAGAUUUUGAUUUUGAAUGGGGAGAAUUAGACAAUAUUGAAAAACAACUCAAUGACUCAAAAUCGAGUGAUGUAGCUGCAUCGCCUAAAAAAACUCCUGUUAAAUCAAAUCAAAUUACACCAAUAAGCUCUCCAGAUAAAUCUAAUACUUUCAAAACACCCACAAAUUCACCAAUUAAUAAGAAAAAUAUAGUUGUCACUCCCAAAUCAUCAUCUAAAUUUAUUUCAAAUCUUACUUCAUCUCCAAAACAAACAGUACAAUUAACAAUAAUACCUCAAAAAACAAAAAGUCCAUCAAUGUCACCAUUAAAAUUGGGACCUGAAAACAAAAUAUCCAAGUUAAAAUUAGAAUCUCCAAAAAAAAAAUUAAAUUUUGAUGAAGAAAAAACAAUUAUUGGUAAAUCAGGUUUUAAAAGAAAAAUUUCACCUACUAAAACACCAGAGAACAAAAAAAUUAAAAUAAGUUCUAUAGAUUCACCUGACACCCAAGAAAGUGGAUAUACAACAGAAUCAUCUUCAUCCCAGCCAAUUGAAUCCACUGUUCUUGCUGACAAUAUUGAAUCAAAACUCUGGGUAGAAAAAUAUAAACCGUUAACUUUAAAACAGAUAAUUGGUCAAACAGGGGAAAAAAGCAAUGUUAAUAAACUAGUAAAUUGGUUAAAAUCCUGGUAUUCAAACCAUGGAGUAGGAGUCAAUAAAAAAUUAACUAGACCAAGUCCUUGGGCUAAGGAUGAUAAUGGAGCUUUUUUUAAAGCCGCUCUACUUUCUGGUUCUCCUGGUGUUGGAAAAACAACAACUGCACAUUUAGUUUGUAAAGAGUUGGGUUUUGAUAUUGUAGAAUUUAAUGCUUCAGAUACAAGAUCCAAGAAACAAUUGCAAAAUCACGUAUCUGAACUUUUAUCUUCAACUUCUUUAAGUCCUUUUUUGGGUGGGAAAUCUGUGACUAAAAAACAUGCAUUAUUAAUGGAUGAAGUUGAUGGUAUGGCAGGCAAUGAAGAUCGUGGUGGUGUACAAGAAUUAAUAAUUUUAAUUAAAAAUGCUAAAUGCCCAGUAAUAUGUAUGUGCAAUGAUCGAAAUCAUCCAAAAAUACGUACAUUAUCUAACUAUUGUUUCGAUCUUCGAUUUCAUAAACCGAAGUUGGAACAGAUUAAAGCUGCUAUGAUGAGUAUAUGUUACAAAGAAAAAUUGAAAAUAUCUCCAGACACUUUAUCUUCAAUUAUUGCUAGUACAGAUAAUGAUAUAAGAUUAACACUCAAUCAUUUAUCAGUUGUGGCUGCAGGAAAAGAUAAUUUAAACAUAAACAAAAAAUAUAUUAAAAUGGGUCCAUGGGAUGUUGUGCGAAAAGUUUUUUCUGCUGAAGAACAUAAAUCAAUGAAUAUUACUGAUAAAUGUGACCUUUUCUUCUAUGAUUAUAACAUAUCUCCAUUAUUUGUUCAAGAAAAUUAUUUAGCUGCCGUUCCUCAUGAUGUCGAAGGUCCUAAAUGGAAAACAUUUGAACGUUAUUCAUUAGCAGCUGACAGUAUACGAAUAGGAGAUAUAGUUAGUGCAAAGAUUAGAUCUACAAAUAAUUGGAGCUUACUUCCUGCUCAAGCUAUAUUUUCUAGUUAUUGCCCUGGAGAAUUUCUUAGAGGUCAUGUUAGUAAACAAAUUAACUUCCCUGCUUGGCUUGGGAAAUUUUCUAAGGGAAAUAAAAUGAACAGACUUUUACAAGAAUUACAAAUUCAUACGAGAAUAAGAUUAUCUGCCAGUAAGGAAGCAAUAAAUCUUGAUUACUUAAACACUCUUCGAGAUAAAAUUCUCAAACCUCUUAUUGACGAAGGUAGUGAUGGUGUUCAUAAAUCUUUAGAGUUUAUGAAUCAUUAUCAUCUUGUGAAAGAUGACGUGGAAUCUCUUAAUGAACUAUCUUCAUGGCCUGGACAUAAAGAUCUCAUGUCCGACAUCCCAGCUAAAGUGAAAAGUGCCUUUACUAGAGCGUAUAAUAAAAGUGCACCGACAUUCAACAUAACAAAAAAGAAUAAAAAAGCCAUUGAUAAUGUUGAAGGUUUGGGUGAUGAACAAGAGAUUGAUGAUAUUACUGAUGAUGAAGAUGAUGAAGAUAUUACAAAUGAUGCCUUGAUAAUGGUUGUGAAGAAAAAAGCCAGUAAAAAAGCAGCAUCACCUCCUCCUGAUAAGAAAACCAAGAAUAGUGGUAGAGGUAAAAAAAAGAAAUAGUUUAUUUUUUAUCAUUGCAAAAAUUGUUUCCUAUUUACUUAAACAUUAUAAUAAUAACAGUUGAGUAUGAGAAAUAAAAUAUCAUUUUUUUAUAACA